CUAAAUGCUUCUUUUAUGUUGGGAUCAAUCUAUUUAAAUGCUUUUUAAGUGGCAAAUACCACAGUACGCUUUGCCCAAAGCAAUGGCACAGAAAAACAUCAGAACUUCUUCUUCUUCUUCAUCAGCCCCAAACCAUUUCUUCUCGCUGCAACUCGUUCUCAUCACUGUACUGAUCUCAUCGUCUAUACAGUCUCACGCUUUCCAGUUCAUAGAAGCCACUGUCGACGAUGUACAACGCGCUCUAACGUGCGGCCAUGUCUCCUCCACGCAGCUUGUUCACUCUUACAGAGACCAAAUCCAACGGUAUAACCCGGCGUUGCGCGGUGUCACAGAGUUGAACCCCGACGCUGAGACUCAGGCUCGCCGAGCUGAUAAGGACCGGCUGGCCGGGAAGAGAGGGACCAGACUGAGCGGAGUUCCGGUGCUGAUAAAGGACAACAUAGCGACCAAAGAUGGCAUGAACACGACGGCAGGUUCCUUCGCCUUAGUUGGUUCAGUCGUGGCUCGAGACGCCUUUGUGGUGAAGAAGUUGAGAGAAGCCGGCGCCAUUAUCCUCGGAAAAGCUAGCUUGAAGGAGUGGUCUGGCUUCCGGUCGUCGACCAUGCCCGGAGGCUGGUCGGCCAGAAGCGGCCAAGCGAAGAAUCCGUAUAAUCUUAGCAAAGAAGUAUGUGGGUCGAGCAGUGGAUCGGCGAUAUCGGUGGCGGCGAAUUUUGCGACGGUGGCGAUCGGGACGGAAACAGAUGGAUCCAUAAUUUGUCCGUCGUCGUAUAACUCGGUGGUGGGAAUCAAACCCACUGUGAAUCUUACCAGUAGAGAUGGAGUCGUACCCAUUUCCAUGAGACAAGACUCUGUGGGGCCUAUAGCGAGGACAGUAGCAGACGCAGUUCAUGUUCUUGAUGUAAUUGCAGGAAGAGACGAAAACGAUGAAGGCACAAUUGAAGCUUCAAGACACAUUCCCAGAGGUGGCUAUGCUCAGUAUCUUAAUCCAGAGGGACUCUCAGGGAAGAGAUUAGGAAUCUUGAGAUUCCCCAAUUACUUCAACUUUCCUGAUUCUUCCAUUCAGAACGCGACUUAUCAACAAGUCUUCCAAACCUUGAGGGAGAAAGGUGCAACGGUGGUGGAUGAUGUAGUGAUUGAGCACAACGAUGAAAUACAUGAGAACGAAAUGAUCGCUUUAUUAGCUGAGAUCAAGCGAGACAUGAACUCUUAUCUCUCAAAGCUUCACUUCACACCUUCAAAAUCCAUGGCAGAACUCAUAUCAUUCAACACGCAUAACAGAAAACUGGAGAGCAUUGAGGAAUAUCCACAGGACAUGUUUAUGAUGGCCAACCAAACAAACGGUAUAGACGAGACAGUUGAAGAAGCCAUAGCGAAGCUUGAAAGUUUCUGCAAGAAGGGUUUUGAGAAGACGAUGGAAGAGAAGAAGCUUGAUGCUUUGAUGUACAUUGGACAGAAAUAUGUUCCAUUUUUGGGCGUUGGAGGGUACCCUUCAAUCACUGUUCCUGUAGGGUACGCCCACGAGAAUAUGCCCUUAGGUAUUGCAUUUGCAGGCCUCAAAUACUCAGAACCAAAACUCAUACAGAUCGCUUACGCCCUAGAACUCACCAUCCACAGAAGAAAACCUCCUCCUCUUGAUGAUUUCCUCUCCAGUUCUGUGCAUUCAGAUGCGCACCGUGUCCAAGCUUCUUGAACAGAUCAUUCAAAUAAUGUUAUGGCAAUUGAAGAUUGUUAUUUGAUCUUA